AUUCUGUCCACGAACACCGACGAUUCCAUUGAGGAUUGGCGAAUGGCUGUGGACUGUAAUCGAAUCGGCCAAAUGGCUUUGGAACUAAUUGUCUGCCUUAUUCACCCUUUCCCCGGCUCAGAUGCCAUCCAGUUUCCCAUUUCUCCUUCCUAUGUUGGCCCCAUGACCGAUUUUCAUCCCCACACAUUCCCCGUCCCCGUCCAUUCCUUGGAACCGGAUCCCGGGGCUGUGAUACGUUUAAAUCGUAGUGCAACCGUGAUCAAUAAACCCCUGGUCCGUACCACUCUGAUUCACUCCACCGGAACCGGUAGUCAUGAUCUGAAUACCACUUCCGGUUACGCAUUCUAUCCGUAUAAGAUUGUCUCAGUUGAUCUGAUGCUCUCGGUGCCUAUGUUUUUGCGACUCUAUCUCCUGUUGCGCGCCAUGCUUUUGCAUUCCAAACUGUUCACUGAUGCUGGCUCGCGUAGCAUUGGUGCUAUGAACAAAGUGAAUUUCGAUAUGCGUUUCAUAUUUAAAACCUUGAUGACAAUGUGUCCGGGAAAGCUUUUGCUCGGAUUCAUUCUUUGUCUGUGGAUCAUCUAUUCCUGGUCUCUUAGAGCAUGCGAAAGCUUUUAUGAAAAAGAACACGGAAACUUGCUCAAUUCCAUGUGGUUAAUCGCAGUCACUUUCCUCAGUAUUGGUUACGGCGACAUAGUGCCUCAUACCUAUUGUGGACGGGCCAUCGCAUUGGCGACUGGAGUAAUGGUAAGCAUUUAUACAUCCACAUUAAUUGUGGCCGUGUUUGCUAGAAAACUGGAACUGUCGAAAGCCGAGAAACAUGUUAUACAUUUCAUGAUGGAAAACCAGUUGAACAAAAAGAAUUAUGCAGCCAAUGUGUUACGUGAGACGUGGCUUAUAUACAAGUAUACCAAAUUGGCCAAACGUGUGGAUGCUAGCAAAGUGCGAACUCAUCAGCGGAAAUUUCUGCGAGCAAUUCAUGGGUACGUUUAUAGUAUUUCCAGAUCUAAGGCGAACAAACUGAUGUCCAUGUGCUAUACCAAACUUAAGUCGAAACGACUUGCCUACUGUUUAUCAUGUAUAUGUGAUUCAAUAGCCUGGGUCCAAAUGACAAUGAAAUUAAUUUUACUUCAGAAGAAACGUUAUUCACGUACGGAAUGUGCUAUAGUUCCACGUCAUGACACGUUCUCACUAGGGAAACAAUAG